CCGCAGGAGCGCGAGCCGCUCAGAGAGAGAGAGAGAGAGAGAGAGAGCGCGUGAGCGGACGAGAGCACACACACACACACGCGCGCGCGUUCGCCGUGAUUCCGGUGCAGCGCCGUUACAGAGUGAGUGUGAGUUGGCUUCUGAAUGGACUCAUCUUUCCACAGCACCAGGAGAACCAUAUCAGGAACCUGGAUGGACACAUCAUCCUCAUAAAAGUCCAUCAGCCCAGAAACAGAGAUAAAAUAUCCCCUGUGCAGUCGAUUUUUCUCCUGAGGAAGAGGUCAGAGGUCAGAGAGAGUGAGAGAUUUACUCAUCAUUGUGGUGAACAGGUCAGAUCACCUGCUGAGGGUGGAAAAUGUCGGCUGAAGAACAGAGUCUGUCAGAGGUGGAGUUGAGUCCCGGAGUGUCGGAUGAUGGCGGCUCUGUGUCCCCGAGGCGGGUGGGUCACACAGGAGACUCUCAGCUGGUGUCAGGAGGUGGGGCAGAGGAGGAAGGGGCAGGACUGUCUCACGCAGGAGUCUCGGUAAAAUCAGAUGACGAGGACGAGCGCUUCCCCAUUGGCAUCCGCGAGGCGGUCAGUCAGGUUCUGAAUGGGUAUGAUUGGACGCUCGUGCCCAUGCCAGUGCGUGUCAACACAGGCAGCAAGAGCAAACCACACGUCAAGAGGCCCAUGAACGCCUUCAUGGUGUGGGCUCAGGCUGCGCGACGCAAACUCGCGGACCAGUACCCUCAUCUACACAAUGCUGAGCUCAGCAAAACACUCGGCAAACUGUGGAGACUCUUGAAUGAGAAUGAUAAGCGGCCAUUCAUCGAGGAGGCGGAGCGUCUGAGGAAGCAGCAUAAGAAAGAUUAUCCGGAGUAUAAAUACCAACCCAGGAGACGGAAGAACGGGAAGCCGGGAUCCAGCACUGACAGCGACGCCCACUCUGAAGGUGAUGUCACUCACAGCCAAUCACACUACAAGAGCCUCCACCUCGAGGCGGGGCACAGUGCUGGGGCAGGGUCUCCUCUCUCUGAUGGACACCACACACACCCUGCAGGUUCCAACCACAGCCCCCCAACUCCUCCCACUACUCCCAAAACAGAGCUCCAGGGCAGCAAAUCAGGUGAGGGGAAGAGAGAGGGUGGGGCCAGAGGGCUGGGAGUCGGGGCAGAUGGAAGCUCUGCCUCUUCAGCUUCUGCCGCUUCCUCUAAGCCACACCUGGAUUUCGUGAACGUGGACAUCGGCGAGAUCAGCCAUGAAGUGAUGGCCAACAUGGAGCCGUUUGAUGUCAAUGAGUUUGACCAAUACCUGCCUCCUAAUGGACACCACCCAUCAGGCUCAGGCUCUGCCUCCUGCCCCGCCCCGUCUCCUUCUCCUUACUCCUACUGGCUGUCAAAACAGCAGCUGAGCUCAGAAGGUGGGAAACCACAGAUCAAGAGCGAGACGCAUUUCUCGGGUAAUGCUGACGCUUCGGUGGGCGGGGCUUCCACAUCAGGAGGUGGAGCAUCAGCGCAUGUCACAUACACACCUCUCAGCCUGCCUCAUUAUGGCUCUGCCUUCCCAUCUUUGGCUUCCAGGGCGGCACCCUUUGCCGAAUACGGAGAUCAUCAAGCAUCUGGAUCAUAUUACACACACUCUGGCCAAUCGGGGCUUUACUCCGCCUUCUCCUACAUGAGCACCGCCCAGAGGCCCAUUUACACUGCCAUCACUGACCCCGCCCCUGGGAAUAGCCCCACCCACUGGGAACAGCCUGUGUAUACCACCCUGACCCGACCGUAACACACACACACACACACACACACACACACACACACACAUGUGCAUGCACAGACAAGAGAAAGAGAAAUGAGAUGAUGAUGAUGAUGAUGAUGAUGAUGAUAACAGUGUUGUCUCAGACACACAGAUCACAACUUUAAUGGGGAAAAACAUUUGAGAGGCCACUAGCAACACACACACACACACACACACACACACACACACACACACACACACACACACACACAGGUAAAGAACAAACAUGAUGAUGAUGAUGAAUAUUUGUCUAACUGUUGUUGUGGAUGAUCACACAUGGGUGGGCGGGUCUAACAGGACACAAAUAUAACACAGCGCACAUGCCUGUUGAUGCUACACACACACACACACACACACACACACAUUUAAACAGGACAUUCUUUGUUGCUCAUGUGGAAUGGAAUUUGAGUGUCAGUGUUUCUGAAGGACAUUUUUAACUGCACAUUUAUACAUCAAACUUUAUUAUUAUUAUUAUUAUUAUUAUUAUUAUUAUUAUUACAGUGAUUAUGAAUUAAUAAUUUUUUCUUAUUAACCAAAACGAGGCCAUGUUCUUUUUACUGUUGUUGUUGUUAUAAUCCUUGACUGUUGAUGGGUUUGUCAUCAUGACCACCACUGAACUGCAUUUUGGUGAUGAAUGAGUUUGUGUGUAUGUUAAUGUCAGUAUCGAUGUGUCGAUAUGAUAAAAUUACUGUAACCAUUUUCAUUUCUGAAACAACUUUGUGUUGUUUUAUUGUAAACAGUGAGAGAGGAUGUGAAAUGCCAACCACGAGUGCCUACAGUACACUGAAACUCAUUUAGAUGUUUGUGUCAUUAAAAAAAAAAAUGUAUAAGGUUAAAAUGAAAAUUUCAUUCAUAAAUGACAGAAAUACAGCUGCCAGAAUUAAUGAGGGGUGGAGCUUGUAUAUGGUGGGUGGAGCACCCAGUCACAUGAUGUGCCUUCCUUGACUCUGACGACGAACAUUUAAUGAUUUAUGACACGGACGUCUUGUUAAUAUUUUCACUCUCUCUUUUUUUUAUUUCUUUUCUAAUUUUAAAUUUAGUGUUCAUUCGUCUAUAUUUAGUAGUAUUAUAUAUGUUAAAAAUAUACAAAAAUUAUACAAAGUGUUAGAGAAUCUACAUGCAGUAGGUGGAGCUUGUUUUAUUUAUAUUGUUGUUUUUAUUCUGUUUUCCUUUUAAGUGACUUUUUGUGUUCCACGUUGUUUUGUGUACGAGUUGUUUGUUAAUGUGUUCCAGUAGAGACUAACGACACACAUACUAAAUAA